AAAGUUCGUGCACAGAUUGAAAAGUUUCCAUAUGGAGAUGACUUAGCUGCUUCCAUGGGUGUUUGUAAGUUAAUGAAGGCGGGGGUAGUUGGCGUCUUCGGGCCAGCAAAUCCUAUAACCGGUCACACUGUGCAGUCUGUAUGUGACCACAUGGAAAUUCCUAAUAUCGUAUCUCGAUGGGAAUUCGGUCAGAAAAGAGCAUCUUACAUGCUAAAUUUGCAUCCGAAAUCGGAGAUAUUGGCGAAGGCUGUUAUGGAUAUUAUAGUCGCUUGGAAAUGGAAAAGUUUUACAAUUCUAUAUGAAUCGGGGUCGUGGCUGCCGAGGAUGGGAGAACUCUUGCAGAUGCACCAUACUGGAGGAUUCACAGUAACAAGUAAAGAGUUAGAUCUUGGCAUUCAAGACAAUUUCCGUCCAAUAUUAACUGUUGUAAAGAAGUCCGGUGAAAAGAACAUUGUGCUAGAUUGUUCAAUAGAGAAGCUUCCAGAAGUUCUGAAACAAGCUCAACAGGUAGGAUUGAUGUCGGAUCAACAUCAAUACAUAAUUACUUCUUUGGAUUUCCAUACCAUAGAUUUAGAGCCUUUUCAACACGGCGGAACAAAUAUAACAGGAUUAAGAAUUGUUGAUCCUGAAGAACCGUUUAUGAAAAAUACUAAAGAAAUGUGGGAAUCACACGAGAAAAAGAAAGGAAAUGAGCUGCCCGAAGAAUUAGAUCCAUCGCGAAUAUCAUCGAGCGCAGCCCUAUUCUCUAACCAAGUUUCCGCCAAAGUUAUGGAUUGCGAUAGUGCCUCCGAUAGCUGGGAACAUGGAUAUAGUAUUUUAAACUACAUGAGAACGACCACUUUAGAAGGCUUGAGUAGAACGAUUAAAUUCGACAAUGAGGGCUUUCGAACGGACUUUGAGCUGGACAUCAUAGAAUUAACUUCAUCUGGCAUUAUUAAGGUCGGGGAAUGGAAUUCGACCGAGGGCCUGAACAUCACUCGAGUUUACGAGCCCCCUCAAGCCGCCGUCGGCAGCGCCUCAAUGCAGAAUAUGUCGUUUAUCGUUCUGACCGCAAUCAGUCCUCCAUAUGGCAUGUUGAAAAAGUCCAGCGUACAACUAUAUGGAAAUGACAGAUAUGAAGGUUUCGGGAUAGAAUUAAUCGAUGUCCUGUCAAAAAUGUUGGGAUUCACGUAUACAUUCCUAAUCCAGGAAGACGGAGUAUAUGGAUCGCUCAACAGGGAAACCGGCCAAUGGAAUGGAAUGAUUAAAGAGCUAUUAGAAUAUAGAGCAGAUUUGGCAAUAACUGAUCUAACGAUUACUUCGGACAGAGAAAGCGCAGUUGACUUUACAAUGCCAUUUAUGAAUUUAGGCAUCACCAUCCUGUACCAGAGUUCGACCAAACAACCACCUUCAUUGUUUUCGUUCGCCUCGCCCUUCUCGACCGAGGUCUGGUAUUAUCUUGGCGGAUCAUACGUGGGGGUCUCGAUACUGUUGUUUAUCCUCGGCCGUAUAUCACCGGCCGAAUGGCAAAACCCGUUUCCUUGUAUCGAAGAGCCAGAGUUAUUGUACAAUCAAUUCAGUAUCAAGAAUUCUUUCUGGUUCACUAUAGGAUCGCUCAUGCAGCAAGGAACUGAAAUUGCACCGAUUGCUGCUUCAACGAGAAUGGUGGCUAGUAUUUGGUGGUUUUUCACCCUUAUUAUGGUUUCAUCCUAUACUGCAAAUUUGGCUGCUUUUCUUACCAUAGAACCAACAUCAGUCGCCUUCAGUAAUGCUGAGGAAUUAGCUGAACACAAAACUAUCAAAUACGGUGCCAAGAGGGAUGGAUCCACUGUCAAUUUUUUCAGGGAUGCCGUCUACGAGCCCUACCAAAAAAUGUACCGGGUGAUGAUGGAUAACCCAGAUCAGAUGACAUCGAGUAAUCCGGAAGGGCAAGCCCGUGUCAAAGAAGGAGGUUAUGCAUUUCUCAUGGAGUCGACGUCCAUCGAAUACAUAACUGAGCGUCAGUGUGAUUUAACGCAAGUUGGAGGGUUAUUAGAUGACAAAGGAUACGGAAUUGCUAUGAGGAAAAAAUCUCCAUAUAGACAUACAUUGAGUGCUGCAGUACUAAAACUUCAAGAACAAGGUACAUUAGCACAAAUGAAGAGGCGAUGGUGGAAGGAAAAGGACGGUGGUGGUGCUUGUACGCCUGACGCAGUAGCAUCAGGUGGUGCUGAUCGUUUAGGUAUACCAAAUGUGGGCGGCGUGUUUGUGGUACUCGUAGUCGGAUCUGCUAUGGCAAUUUUCAUAGUACUUGGAGAAUUAAUUUUCAAUGUGAUAAUGAAAGCAAGAAGACUGAAGACUCCAAUAAUGACUGAAAUGAUUGAAGAAUUCAAGUUCGUACUGAGUGGAGCAGAUACUAAGCCGAUGCGGUACAGAAGUCAGAGCAGGAAAAGUUCGGCUGACACGCAAGAUUUAACUGGAAUCUCUGAUGGUAGUGAUGGAUCUGGACAAGAUCGAGAUGAACCCUUGCCUUAUGGUUUUUCUGUUCUUUUGGGAAGCAAAAAGAGUCAACUUGAUGUGUUCAGACCGACAGAAGAUCAUACACCGUCAAAUAGAAGCCAGACGAAUGGCAACGAUAAAAGCUCUAAAACGAACCAUUAA